ACGCCACACACCAUUACACCCACCAUGGCUUCUUAACUGUAACCAUCAGUUUCAGAUCAUUAAGACAAUAUCCAAAACACAACAAUGAAAGAUCUGUCUUUUCUUCUUCCUUAAGAAACACUUUCUUACCUCGAGAAUGUGAGGACGAGGUCCACGUAGCGGCUUGGCUCGACUUCCACACUAAAUCAACAUCAAACACUGAUGUGAGACCAUCACCUGACAACACUCCUUUCGGUGGAGGGUCGCCGAGAACAUUGGAGGAUAUGAUACUUCAGCUAGAGCUUGAAGAAGAUAUAGUUCAAAGAGCUAGGUUACGUGAAUCUUACUACGGCUCUUUUGAUAACUGCGACGACAAUGAUGAUAACUUAUAUCAGCCCGUUAGGAUGUCAUGCGUUAACAGUUCCGAUAUUUUGAGGUCGGCGAGGAACGCUUUGAACCAGUACCCACGUUUCUCGCUGGAUGGUAAGGAUGCGAUGUACCAUUCGUCAUUCCAGCGCCAGCUUGGCGCAUGUACUGAUGUGGUGAGACAUGGUGGACGUAGAUCAAAAUGCGGGGAGAACAGGGAUCGAGCAAGACAAAGCACCUAGCUCGGACUGUGGCUGGAGAGAGUUUAGUGUGGUCUGAGACAGGGUUGAUUGCGAAGCUGAUGGGUCUGGAGAUGGUCCCUGUUCUGGUAAAGGGAAAAAGGGGAAAAGAUAAGUUGGGCACUCUGCUCAUGAGAGAGCGUCUAAAGAGGAGAGAUCAGACAUCGACAUUAACGGUCUGAAUGGUCAAACCUAAGAAGCUUCUUGCUCGUCCGGGAGGGUUUAAAGCGAUGAGACAGCUCAUAGCGGUUGGGAUUUUUUAUUUCGCUGGAAUAAUGGCUUUUAUAGGGAUUUGUUUGAUGUAAAACUAUACAUUUUUCCUUUUUUUGUUUGAUGUAAUAUUUACAUU